AUGCUCAUCCUGGUGCUGGUGGUCCUCAUUCCCGUGCUGGUGAGCUCCGUGGGGACCGACACCGGGCCCUACGAGAUGCUGGGCUCGUGCCGGAUGGUCUGCGACCCGUACCUGAACCAGGGAGCCUCCACCAGCAGCAGCGGCGGAGCCAGCACCAGCUCCGGGUACGGCAUCCGUGCCGAGGCCGAGGCCCUCAGCGACCGCGGCCUGGCGCCCCCGCCCUCCACCCUGGUGCAGGGCCCGCAGGGCAAGCCGGGCCGGCCGGGGAAGCCCGGACCCCCGGGACCUCCCGGAGAGCCCGGUCCUCCGGGGCCCGCGGGCCCCCCGGGGGAGAGAGGGGACCCGGGCAGGACCGGGAUAAUGGGACCGGGGGUAUACAAUGGAGCUAUCAGCACGGCCACCUACACCACCGUUCCCCGUGUGGCCUUCUACGCCGGGCUCAAGAACCCCCACGAGGGCUACGAGAUCCUCAAGUUCGACGACGUGGUCACAAACGUGGGCAACGACUACGAUGGCGCCUCUGGAAAGUUCAUCUGCAGCAUUCCAGGCACCUACUUCUUCAUCUACCACGUGUUAAUGAGGGGUGGUGAUGGCACCAGCAUGUGGGCAGACCUCUGCAAGAAUGGGCAGGUGCGAGCCAGCGCCAUCGCUCAGGACGCGGACCAAAACUACGACUACGCCAGCAACAGCGUCAUCCUCCACCUGGAUACUGGGGACGAGGUCUACAUCAAGCUGGAUGGUGGCAAGGCCCACGGGGGAAACAGCAACAAGUACAGCACCUUCUCUGGAUUCAUCCUGUACGUGGACUGAAGGGAGGCCUCUGAGAUCCUCGGUCCGUCUCUCUACACCCGUUUCCAUCGGCCUCUGUCCCCACCAAAUGGCGGGAAGUUCAGAGCGUCGACAUUCAUCCUGGUCAGAUAUUGUAAGCUGAUAUCCAGAGAUCUCUCAUUUUUCUCAGACAACUUUUUGGUUUUGGUUUUGAGAAAAGAGAGCUUCUUAUUACUUUGCAAAGAGACACGAGUAUUUCAUCCCACACUUGAUUUAAUGAGAUGGGUUCCUACUCUCGUAUUCUGCGUAAUGUAUCAGUGUAUUCAUGUGCCCAAAUAUGUUAAACGAGGAGGUUAAUGUCACAGUGGCUAAUUGCUCUGCUCCUUGGUCUCUUGGUCUUUUUUAGCCACUGUAAUUUUUUGUGACUGGGGAUUAUUAAAUGUACGUUCAGAUCUGGACCCUCAAAAUUGUCAAUAACGUGACUGAGUGACAACACUGCAGAUGGAACAGACUUCUCUCAUCUUUACACUGGACACAGCGCCACCUUGUGGUUGCAUAUUGUCCUUGUCUUGCCCUGUGAAAACGUCAUAGCUGAAUAAUGUUGUUUAUGAAAAACUGAAGGAAACAUGGCACUAACCACUUUUUUCAGACUAAAUUAUAGUAUAUUUUCAGUCUUGUCUAUCACUCCUGCCCUUGCUCUUUUGGGUUUGGACCUGUUUGUCAUGUCUAAUGCAAGACUAACCAAAUGGGUUAACAAGAGACUCCAUAUAUAUAUAUACAUAUAUAUUAGUUGAUGUUAAAAUGUGAUGUAUAUGUAAAUCCUUGAUACUACUGUUCUUGCAAUUAUGUAUCUCAUAGGCUUCAGGCAAUGAUGGCACAAAAGCCAAACCUGGUUGGAACCCUGGCACACAGCAAUAGUGUCCAUAAGCUGCGUAAUAUUAUUAUCUGAAACAAAUGCAUUCUGCUAGUGUUUACUCAUCUUUUCAGACCAGAUUUUUGAGUGACCCGCUCGUGUCUGAAGGUAAAGGUUUAAACCCUUGAUCAUCAAGCACGCAGGUGAAGGAACUUGAUCUUGUGUGUGUAUAUGUGCGUGCGAAUGUGUGCGUGUGUGCAUAUGUGUGUGUUGUUCAUGUGUGUUUGUGUUUUUGUAUGUGUGCAUGUGCCAUUGCUCCUUUUGCCGCUUUCAAAGAUAGUCUUUAAUUCAGCGAAUGGAGUGAAAGCAGAGGGGAGGAGUUUUAGAGUGAUCAGUGACAUACAAACAGCCUGUAGAAGAAACAUAUUGCUUUUGCAAAUCUAUCUUUACAAUUUGUUGAAUUCAUUUAAAUAAAUGGCAUUUUGGACCUUC